UGUCGCUAAUAAAGCGAAAAUAUUCAAAAGAAACUUCGAUCUGAUUUUUUAUUUUUCAUGUUACUCAUUUAUAAACUUGACUAUAUACGGUGCGAUCGAGGGGAUCAUGAGUGGCCAGCAAUCCUUCCUACUAUUCCCUUGCUGGCUUCCUUUCAAUUUGGACAAUAUAUUUCUGCACAUAGCUGUAAUAUUUUGGCAAACGAUGCUUAUAGCGAAUGAGCAUUACAUGUCGUUCGGAGGAAUGGGUGUUUUGUAUAUACCUUAUGAACACAUCAAAGCUGAAAUAAAAAUUUUGAAGUUUGCCCUCGAGAAUGUACAAGGGAGGUCUUAUGAGAUGGCUAGAGAAAGAGGCGCUUUUAGGAAAGACAAAAGCGAGAAAGUUGACCAAAAGAUUCUCUUCGAUAGCUACAUCAGCUGCACGAGGUCCUGUGCACAACACCAUGUGCAAAUAAUGAAGUAUGUAUUUCACUAA